AUGGCCAGCCGACGCCAGAAACAGUUCGAUCGGAAGUACAGCUCCUAUCGGUAGGUGUCCUCCAGUCACUGCUCUUUGCCGCUCUUCGAAGCGAUCUAGAUGUUUCCUUACUUUUAAUCUCGCCACAUCCACCGUACUCUCGGAAUCUUGCGACGCUUUUGCCACUCGAAUUGAAACCAAAUGUUUGCGCAAGAGCAAAGAGAGUGAAAGUUCCGGCAUGUUUAAGUGCAAAACGAGGAAAGUUUCAGAAAAUUCACCGCCACCGAAGAUGUCAACUACAGUACCCACUCGUCGCGGUCCUCGUACCGCUCCGAGUCGGUGACUUCUCGAACCGAUGGACGCGGGCGGUCCACCUCUUCCGAGAUUAUCGCCGGAUCAGAGUCUCGCUCGUAUCCCGUCUACAUUGCCAUCCAGGACUACACUCCCGACAAGGAAGACGUCGAGGGGAUCCCUCUUGAGCAGGGCCAAAUUGUCGAAGUGCUCGACAAGAAAAACUCGGUCCGAUGGCUUGUCAGGACUAAGGUUGACCUGAAAAUUUAUGAAUCCCGGCCUAAUCGAGCCAAUGUUUUCAGGCGCGUCCGCCUCGUUCCGGCUGGGUUCCGGGAUCGUACUUUGAGACGCCGACGGAGUUUUACAAGCAGAGAAGAAGAACGCGCGAGAUCGAGAACGUCAGUCUGUCGGACGAACAGGCGGCGAUCGUGAAGAGAGAGUGAGUAGGAGGUGCCACGUGGCACCAGCACUCUGUGACCCCGGAUUACGGUAGCAUGUCAGCUCGUUUUCUCAAAAAGUGCUCUUUUCCUCUGACCGCAAAAUGGAAAAUGGAGGCAAUUUGUUAUGUUAGAACGGCUCCGCCCGGGUCCAUUAUCAUCAAAUCGGCACAUUCCGAUGGAUGUUCUCCCGAUGCCAGAUGUUCGAUCAAUGACGACACGAGUGAGCCGUCCGUCCGACUCUCUGUUUCUCUUUCUCUCUUGAGCCACAAGAAACAGACGUUUCAAUGGCUUCGUUUUGUAUGUAGAAAAAUGGGUGAACAGCCGCUUCGCUACGAGCCUCAGAGAUUGGGAGAAUCAGAGAGACUGAGGAGAGCAGUAAACAUGAAAAAAUAGCGGGCAACAAUUCCGAAGAGCUCACGUUCUUGCUGCCAAACUGUUGGGGAAAAUGAAAUUAUUGGAAUUUUGCAGCCAAGUGUACCACGAGCUGCUCCGUUCCGAAGAGGAAUUCGUGUCGUCUCUGCGGACUUGCGUCGACGAUUACAUCAAAGUUUUCGAUGAUCCGGGAGUUCCGGAAGCCAUCAAACAGCACAAGGAGGAGCUGACACUCAACAUCCCCGAAUUGUACAACUUCCAUGCAAAGUACUCACAUCUCAACUUGUCUCUUGUCUCACACUGUCUUCUGUUUUCAGUGUCAUGCUCAAAGGGCUCAAUUAUUACUCUGACGACCCGGGCAAGGUCGGUCAGACGUUCGUUCGUCUUGAGAAAGACUUCGAAAGCCACGUAGAGUUCUAUCAGAGAUACGCGGACACUCUGAAACUGCUCGAAGAACCCGAAAUCAAAAAGUUCUUUGAGGUAACGAUCCACGAACUUGUCCUCUAUUUCCUAUGCGCUGCGAACGUUCUGAAAAUCUAUGUAUUUGAUUUGAUUUCUUUGUCUUAUUCUUUUCGACAUAUAUUUGCUUCAAACUAUGUUUUACAAAUUGAUUUUAACCCACAAAAGUACAGUACCACACAUGCCAAGACUCACUUUUCCUCACUUUUUUCACUGCUUCAUUGAUUUUCCUCGAAAUUCUAUUUAUUCGCUACUAUUCACUUACAUUUCUCGUUCAUUUUUUCGAGUCUUGGCAUCGACAAUCAUAUAAUUUUCGAUCUCUGAGUACGGUUACUGUUCUUUUGAUAUUCGCUACUCUAUUAUUCUUCUAACCCAGUUUCUGAAGAAAAAAAGGUUCAUUCAAUCGAUCAGAUUUUCUUCCAAACAUUGUUUUUAAUAAACAUAAAUGAACAUUUUUUUCUUCUCCAUUGGUUUUACUAUUAUUCAAUUCUGUACCAUUAUUUCUGAUCUUCCAUAACUUUUUGAUCUCUCUCAUUUCCAUACUGUCAUUCACUUCGAUUCUAUCCGAUUUCUCAUUCUGUUGAAGAAUAACGUGUCGACACGAUAAUCGACAAAAUUUUGGGUCGAUUAUCGUGGUGAAUUCACAGGAGUUAGCUUCAGAAGUGUGGCUUGUGUUUAAAAAAGUUAACGAAAAAGAAGUUGAAAAGAAAGAGCUGUAG